CCCAAAAUGAAAAUCAAUAGUGUUCUUUUCUUUCCUUUGAAAUUUUAAAAUUAAAAAAAAAACCAAGAAACUUAAUCGUACAUACAUAUUUUUGUCUUUUAAAUGUGAGGUACAUGGUCCUAAAGUUGGGUUGAUAUAGAGAAUGGGAAGGGCUCCUUGUUGUUCAAAAGUUGGGUUGCAUAGAGGUCCAUGGUCUCCUAGAGAAGACACAUUGCUCUUCAACUACAUUCAAGCUCAUGGUGAAGGUAAUUGGAGAUCUCUUCCUAAGAAAGCAGGACUACUUAGGUGUGGAAAGAGUUGCAGGCUGCGAUGGCUGAACUAUCUAAGACCUGAUAUCAAGAGAGGGAACAUAACUCCUGAUGAAGACGACCUUAUCAUUAGAUUACAUUCCCUUCUCGGAAACCGAUGGGCCCUCAUCGCCGGCCGGCUCCCGGGUCGAACCGAUAAUGAGAUAAAAAACUAUUGGAACACCCAUCUCAGUAAGCGACUUACAAACCAAGGAACCCAUCCCAACACCGUAAAAAAAUCAUCACCGCCGCCACCACCGAUAAUAGUUGAGGUUUCAGAGAAACCCAAAAUUCAUCUCCCGAAACCCAUUAGGGUUACCGGCACAACUUCAUCGUCUUUACCGAGAAACGACAGCUUCGAGUUGGACCAAUGCAACACGAUCAGCACAGUAUCAGAAUUUGUCAAUUUCGGAAACGACGGUGAAAAGGUAGCCGGCUUUCUCGUGGACGACGGUCGUGGAUUUGUUAACGGGUCGGAUUUAGAGUGGCAUUCCAAUUUUCUUGGAAGUGAAGAUGAGGGUUGUUGUUUGGAGAGGGAUUACGAAGAGUAUUUGCAGGUUCUGAAGACAGAUGACGAUGAUUCGAUGCAGGUGGAUUGGCUCGAUGAAUCAUUACUGAUUUGGUAGAAAAGAGGAAAAAGACGUGUCGCGCAUGUCAUUUAUCACGUGUAUGUGCAUGUAGAGUAUUUGAUGGUUUAAUUUUUUCACUUAAUAAAGUUGGUUGCAUUUUAUUUGAA